AUGAUAAAAGUCAUACAAGCCAACAUUAAUAAUUCGAGAGCGGCUUUUGACCUGUUAAUCCACACCGCGCGAGAACGUGGGGCGGACCUGCUCGUCGUGUCAGAAUGCGCAAAAGCCAAGCACCCCAAUAUGGUCAAAAGCAGGACGGGAAGGGUCGCGCUAAUAGGGACUAGCGAAAGCGCCACAAUAAACAAAGUGAACUCGGGAAGAAACUAUGUGUGGGCGGAUAUUGAUGGCGUAGUAGUGUGCGGAUGUUACUUUCCUCCCAACGACACCAUCGAAACCUUCGGAGAUGACCUGGACGAAUUAAUUAAAGACCUGAGGGGGCGAGGAAAAUCUUUUGUGGUGGCGGGCGACUUAAAUGCAGCAUCGACUGUGUGGGGAUGCGAGAAAACUAAUAAAAGGGGAAACAUGGUGGAAGAGAUGGCGGCGGUAAUGGACUUGAUGGUAGUCAACGAGGGUAAUGCGCAUACCUUCGAGAGGGGAGAAAGUCGCUCAAUUAUCGAUAUAACGCUAGCAAGCGGGGGCUCAACCAACUUCAAUGUCCGUAACUGGAAGGUCGAAAAUGAGGAAACAUUGAGCGACCAUAAAUAUAUCAGUUUCAAUAUAGAUAGCGCAAAGCCGAGGCCACCAAAAGACCAAAACAAGAAGGGCUGGAAUAUUAAAAAGAUCAACGAGGAGAAGUUACGGGAGAGGAUGGGAUCGGAACAUAGGUCGACUACACCAUCGGAAUUGGAUGCCCUGCUGAGGAAGCUUGCAGACCACUCAAUGCCCAGAACAUCAUUCGGGGCUAAGAAGCGAAGAACAUACUGGUGGAACGCCGAAAUAGCAGCGCUCAGGACUAAAUGCGUGCAAAAAAGAAAGCGCUACACUAGGGCCGGAAGAAGGGAGCUACAUCAAAACGACCUCGAAGCGGAAGAUCUAGCGGCCAGCCGCAAGCAACUGAGGAGAGCUAUAGGAAAUAGGAAGAAGGAGUGCUGGCGUGUGAUGAGCUCGAAAAGGACGUAUGGGGCAAAACCUACAAGAUCGUCGUGGGGAAGAUGGGCCUGA